AUGGACUUCGUGAUCGGCGGGCUGGCGGGUGCGGGGGCGACUAUAUUCACAAACCCAAUGGAUGUGGUGAAAACCCGAUUCCAGCUGCAGGGUGAGCUUCGGGCCAGGAACGAACACACUCCACGCUACAAGGGUAUUUUUAACGCUUUGUACGUGAUAGCGAAGAACGAUGGUGUGCUGGCGCUACAGAAGGGUCUAGCGACCGCCAUCCUGUUUGGAUUCACGAUGAACUCAGUUAGGUUAGGAAUUUAUCACAUAGCAAAUGUGCAGGGCUGGACAAAGUCGAAGAACGGCGACAUCAGUAUAAAAAAGACCAUCUUCUGCUCGAGCAUGAGUGGUAUAAUGAGUGGCGUGGCUUCCAAUCCUGCGUCCGUGCUCAAGACCAGGAUCCAAGCUGCGGCGCACCCCAGUAUCGCUGUUGGGCGACAAUUUCGAUAUAAUGGUAUGGUGGAUGGGUUCCUAACGAUCUACAAGAAUGAAGGUAUACGGGGUCUGUAUGCUGGGGUGAAUGCGGCAUGCUUAAGAUUGUCAAUAAGCAGUGCCGCUCAACUAACCACGUUUUCAACUGCCAAGGAAGUGUUGUACUCGUACGGAAUUUGCCAAAAGUCGCCGCUCGGUCUCGCGUUCUCCGCGAGUGCCCUCAGCGGCGUCAUGGUCGCCAUAGCCAUCUGCCCCUUUGACAUCACAGCAGUCCGCCUGUACAAUCAGGGUAGGAACGAC